AUGCUGGAAGCAAGCACAAACAUGUUUCAUGACCUGUUUACCGCCACCAACACGUCGACACUCUUCUUUGACACAACUUUUGAUGCCCCCUUCACGUCGGAGGCAAACUGGCAUCUCAAGCAGCAGGGCCUUCAGACAAUGAGACCUUUCACCUUGGACAACGAUGGUGACGGCUUUGAGGAGAAUGCAUGCGCCCCGCAAUUCACACCCUCCUCCUCCUCCUCCUCCUCCUCCUCCUCCUCGUCAUCAUCAUCAUCAUCAUCGGCCAGCACCAUCAACAGGCACCGGCUGCAGAGCAUCAUGGAUGCCUCCUUUCGCCCCAAAAACAUCAGGACUGCCUCCCCGGGCACAGAUCGGCCGCAGCAGGCCGCGGGCAUGUGCGGCACGCGCGUGACGCCAAAGACGGAGGAGAUGUGUGUGGCAAUCCAGGACGAGACCCGCACUGCCACCGCAACGCUACCGCUGGACACCACCCAUCCCCACAACAACUCGGCCAUCAGUACCAGCCUGCGCGGCCCCACAGCUCCAACAUCGUGCGCUGUGUGCAAUCGUGGCGGCGCGGUUGGCACGACGGAGGUUGCGUGCUCGUGUGGUCCGUCGGCUCGGACGAUGCACAGUGGCGCCCGACGUAACAGUGUCAGCGACAUCAAAGAUGAGAAGGAUUACAGCAAGGGUGAGAAGGAUGGCAGCAAGGAUGGCCGUGGCGGUGGUGGGCGUGCGCUCGCGCUGAAGAAGCACAAGACCGGACACGGAAACAGCGGCAGAAGGACGGAUGGCGAGCAGACUGCAGGGCACAGCGCAGCGAUGACACGGCAGCAGCAGCAGCAGCAGCAGCAGAACAACAACAAGAAGAAGAAUAGGAAGAAGAAGAAGAAGAGACGAAGCCAGAAAAGGUCAAAGGAAGCCGACAACGCCACGACAGCAGCAGCAACGAGGGCGACACAAGGACGUGACACUGUCGCCACCCCACCUGUCAACGGUGAUGGCGACACGACCAGUGGUGGUGACACGGCCGGAGCAACUGAGCAGGGGCACGUAGCGCGUGACGGUGGCACCAAGUUGGAGCGGCAGCAGCGAAUCGUGCGUCCGGCAGCGGACGUCGUUGCCAGGGCCCUCGCCACCAACAAGCGCUUCCCACGUCGCAGCACCAAGGUGCUGACGCAGUGGCUGAUGCGCAAUGUGCACAACCCAUAUCCAUCGGAAGAGGAGAAGCAGGAGUUGAGGGCUGCAAGCGGCCUGGAUCUUGUUCAGCUCAACAACUGGUUCAUCAAUGCACGGCGUCGCAUGCUCGUGAAGGUGAAGGGCGAUGGCGCGUCUGCAGUGUUCCACGUGCAGAGCACCAGGGCGAGCAGGGUCAAGACCAGCAGGCACAACAGAGGGGACGUGAUGUACCCAGCAACUGCGGGGGCGACAAUGAGGCGACAGCGGUGCACGUUGCAUUGGCGUGGUGCGCCUGUUUUGUAUCUGUAG